GUGGCUUUGCCAGAACAAAAAGCAGUCUGCACUCUACAGUCUACACAACCAAACAAAGAGUCCAUCGAUUCCCAACGGACCACACCACCGUCCACCGCCAUGCUCCGGCGCCUCCUAGGCUCUCCCGCCGCCGUAUCCGGCCACCUCCACCGCUCCCUCUCCACACACUGCGUCUCCACCAAUCUCCGCCGCUCCCUCUCCACCGCCGCCUCCUCCUCCUCGCACCCACCAUGGGCCAUCAUCGACUACAACACGCUCGUCGACGACUCCCCGUCGUCCUGGGCGCCGGGCGCGUGCUUCGACCCGCUCCAGCCCCCGCGCGUCUCCCGGAUCUCCGCCCCGCCGCACCUUCUCCGCCCCAGGGAACGCCCCGGCCCCGGCACCAACCUCGUGCAGCUCCUCACCGGCCACGUCACCGCCGCCAGCGCCGACGGCCACCUCCUCCUCACCUACUACGACAUCAUAGCUGAGGGUCCCCGCGCCUCCUGGAACCAGACCGCCGACAUGGAAGUCGAGCGCUUUAUCUGCAACCCUAUCAGCGGGCAGCUGCUCCGCCUCCCGUACGUCAGCGGCUCCAGGAAGAGGAUUUGCUACCACCGCAUGGGCCUCCUCACCCAACCCGGUCCCGGUGGCGCGAGGUUUGCCGUCGCCGACAUCGUCAGCCAGCGUGAGCGCGUCAUCGAUCGGUUCCUCCCGGAGUUGGGCAGGUGGGACAUGGUUGUUGGCCUGCCUUGCCAGCCAACGCCCGAGCGGGAGAUGGACAUGAACCAAGAAACCGUGGCCUUCGGCGGCCGCCUCUGGUGGGUCGACCUCACCUGCGGCACCAUCUCCCUCGACCCCUUCAGCUACCGCCCGGAGCUCCGCUUCGUCCACCUGCCCACCGGCAGCACGCUCACCUCGCAUAUUCACACAAAGAGUGAGAGCGCGGAGGAGCGUGAUGAGGUGGCCAAAUACCGGCGAGUCGGCGUCAGCGAGGGGAGGCUGCGCUACGUCCAGACGUCUCUUCACGAGCCAUUCGUGCUCAGUUCCUACGUGCUCGACGAGGAGGCCAGCAGCUGGGCGCUGGAGCACCAGGUGGAGCUCAAGCAGGUCUUGGCGGAUGGAGGCCACGAGUGCAAGAACAGGCCGCCACAGAUCGCGGUCCUUGACCCCAUGAACGCCCAUGUCGUGUACAUCACCCUUGGCGAGCAGGAGCACGUCGUCGCCGUCAACAUUUACCAAGACAAGGUGAUUGGGAGCGCUCCGCUUCAAAACCGAUACCACUAUCUCUUACCAUGUGUGCUUCCACCCUCUCUUGGGUCAAGCCAGUUCCCUGAGACAGGCAAGAAGGGUGACAUGGAAGCGAUAGAUGUUCUGGUUAGUUGCGGCAGGCACUACAAAGGAUGAAUUAGUAUCAAUCUACCAGCUAAUGUAUCUCUUGGUUUUUUGGGAUUAACAUAUGCAGAUGUUCUAUUCAAUUGGUAAGCUGAUGGUGGUCGUUUGUUGAACUCUCAUUUUGGGGAAAAUUUGGAAAUUUUUGGUUUAUUGUAGCUUGUUGAUGAACUAUCUCGUUUUGGGGAAAAUCUGGUGGUUGAUUCAGCAGUUUACAGUAAGUAGAACUACUCAAUCAUAUCAGCAUAUCGACUACUGAAGAAAAACAGGCAUGCUAUGUUUACGUGCAAGACACCAUGCUCAUACUUUUGUCGGAAAUAAAUGGUGCUUCUCUAA